AUGGGGCUCACCUCCACGGCAGCCUCCACCACUGUUACGACCUCCACGACAGCCUCCACCCCACCUGCUGCCUCCCCGACCUCAGGAACCACCAUGAAUCGGAGCAGCAUCAGUGCAGAGGCCACGAAAACCUCCACCUCCAAAGGCAGCAGCACACCAACCCCGAGCGCCUCAAAACCCACCUCCACGACAGCCUCCACCACCGUUACGACCUCCACGACAGCCUCCACCUCAGCUGCUGCCUCCCUGACCUCAGGAACCACCACAAAUGGGAGCAGCACCAGCGCACAGGCCACGAACACCUCCACCUCCAAAGGCAGCAGCACACCAACCCCGAGCACCUCAAAAACCACCUCCACGACAGCCUCCACCACCAUUACGACCUCCACGGCAGCCUUCACCGUGGAUACUGCCUCCACGGCAGCCUCCAGCACAUUUACAAGCUCCCUGGCAGCCUCCAGCACCACCCUGGCCUCCAGCACGACCUCCGCCACGCAGCUCAGCUCCACGGCAGCCUCCAGCCCUGGCCUCACCUCAGCUGCUGCCUCCUCCUCCUCAGAAGUUGCUUCCUCUCCAGGCAGCACCAGUGCAGGCUCCACUACUGCCUCUACCGCUGAAGGAAGCAGCACGGCAGCCUCCAGCACCCCGGCAGAAACCUCCACGGCAGCCUCCAGCGCAGGUCCCACCUCCACGGCAGCCUCCACCACAGGUCUGACCUCCACGGCAGCCUCCACCACAGCUCCCACCUCCACGGCAGCCUCCAGCACAGCUCCAAACUCCACGACAGCCUCCACCACAGGUCUGGCCUCCACGGCAGCCUCCACCACAGGUGUGACCUCCACGGCAGCCUCCAGCGCAGCCUCCAGCACAGCUCCCACUUCCACGGCAGCCUCCACCACAGCUCCCACCUCCACGGCAGCCUCCAGCACAGGUCUGACCUCCACGGCAGCCUCCACCACAGAUAUCACCUCCACGGCAGCAGCCUCCACCUCAGGUCUGACCUCCACGGCAGCCUCCACCUCAGGUCCCACCUCCACGGCAGCCUCCACCACUGGUCCCACCUCCACGGCAGCCUCCACCACAGGUCUCACCUCCACGGCAGCCUCCACCACUGGUCCCACCUCCACGGCAGCCUCCACCACAGGUCCCGCAGCCUCCACCACUGGUCCCACCUCCACGGCAGCCUCCACCACAGCUCCCACCUCCACGGCAUUCCUUCUCGACAGCAGCCUCCACCACAGCUCCCACCUCCACGGCAGCCUCCACCACAGCUCCCACUUCCACGGCAGCCUCCACCACAGCUCUGACCUCCACAGCAGCCUCCAGCACUGGUCUCACCUCGACGGCAGCCUCCAGCACUGGUCCCACCUCGACGGCAGCCUCCACCACUGGUCCCACCUCCACGCCUCCAGCACUGGUCCCACCUCCACGGCAGCCUCCACCACAGGUCCCACCUCCACGGCAGCCUCCAGCACCGUACUCACCUCCAUCACGGCCUCCUCUACCUUGGGUUCGUCCUCCACGGCAUUCACUACAGGUUUCACCACAGAGCUUUCCCCAACUACCCAAACGAUCCCAACAACCUCUACCACAGAAGUGACUUCCACAACUACCGCUUCUCCAGUUGUCUGCCGCAACGGAGGUACCUACGAUGGCAUCAAGUGCCUCUGCACCUCCAUGUUCUAUGGCUCCUUGUGCGAGUUCAGCGCCGAUUCCUUUGACACCGACCUCCCUUACCCAGGGACGGUCGUGCUGGAGAUGGAGCUGGUGGUGACCGUCACCAACUUCAACUACACGGCCGAGCUGAACGACACGCAGUCCCAGGCCUACCUCACCUUCGAGAAGCACUUCCGCACGGAGAUUAAGAAGAUCUACGGGUCCAUCUCCGGCUACGAGGGCGUGCAGAUCAUCCGCCUCAGGCCCGGCAGCGUCGUGGUGGAGCACGCCAUCGUCUUCAGCGCCCCGGCGAGCGACAACGUGACGGAGGACGCCCAGGCGGUGACGGAGGAGCUGGUGCAGAGGCUGCGGGAGGCGGAGGCCAGCCAGGGCGCCUGCCAGUACAACACGUCGAUCCUCUGCCUCACCGUUUCCUCCAACCCCGUCCUCAAGAACCUGACGGAGGUGUCGUCGCUGGACGAAAUCUGCUGGCAGCGAGCGCCCAGCGAGUACCAGGACUUCUACUACGCGCUGGUGGUGGACGGCCUCGUCCGCUGCGUCACCGCCUGCACGGCCAACACCAACGACACCAAGGACUGUCACUACGGCGAGUGCCACGUCACCCUGGACGGUCCCCAGUGCUCCUGCCAGGACGAGGCCAUGUUCUGGUACGCGGGGGCCGACUGCACCCGGCCCGUCAGCAAGCUGGCCACGGGGCUGGGGGUGGCGGCCACCGUCCUGCUCGUCACCUGCAUCGUCCUCGCCGUGCUGCUGGUCCGGGCCAAGCGGACGAAGUACGACGUCAGCAGAGCUCACUCCGAGACCGGCGGCAGCUGGUACGAGGAGGACAGCCUCGCCUGGCGCUCGCUCGACGGCUUCCUCUACCAGAACCGGGGAGCCGCCGACUUCGCAGGCAGCGACACCCUCCGCAGCUUCCAGCCCUCGCUGGACGCGGUCGACACCUCCGUCCCGAUGCACAUCGCGAGACCGGAGCUCAGGACCCGGCUGUGAUCCCGGCCCGGGACCUCGGUCCCGCCUGCGGCCUCGGCGCUUCCGACGGCGGAGCCGAGCACCAGGAAAGCCCCGGGCUGGGAAAAGCCCAGCUGCAGCCGUUGUGGGGGGGGGGAAGACCCUGACCUCCCCGGGCGGGGGGGCUCCAGCUGCUCCUGGCCCCCCCGAGGCCUCCCCGGAGGAGGAGGGAGGGGCGGAUCCCCCCCGCCCCCAGAGCUCUGGGGACCCUGGGGGAGCCCCCAGCCCCCGGGGUGACCCGGAUCCAUCCACGGAGCCCGGAUCGCCGGCGCCCGGGCGAGGAAGCCGGGAUGGAUCCCGCCAACCGGCGCCUCGGCACGCGGGACGCGCCGCGAGG